AUGGAAUAUGGCGUUUAUGUACAACAUUCUGGAGGCAAUAUGAUUCUGGUGUGUCUCUAUGUUGAUGACAUAUUGAUGACAGGUGGUUGUUAUGAAGAGGUAGUCAAGUUCAAGAAGAUUCUGAUGAGUGAGUUUGAAAUGUCUGACCUAGGAAAGUUGGUAUACUUUCUAGGGAUGGAGGUAUUGUACUCUAAGAAGGGUAUAAUUUUGCAUCAGUUGAAGUAUGAACUUGAACUUCUAAAGAGAUUUAAGUUGCAGAACUGUAAGGCUUCUAUCACUCCAUCAGAAACCAAUCAUAAAUUGGAUUCUGACUCUGAUGGUGAGGAUGUGGAUGCUAAAACCUUCAAACAGUUGGUUGGUUCUCUAAGGUAUUUGUGUAAUACCAGACCUGAUAUUUGCUAUGUAGUUGGAAUGGUUAUUAGGUUCAUGAGUAAACCUAAGUGGUCCCAUUACUAA